AUGCUGUGCCCGCCGUGGCGCCGCCCUGGCCGGGGGCUGUCAGACCCUCGGUUGGGGCCCCGGGCGGCGGCCGUGGCGCGGGAAGCGGAGGCAGCGGCUGCCGUGGCGGGCAGAGCACGAAGGCCGGCCCGGCGCGGGGAGGGCGUUAUAUCGGGGCAGGAGGCUGAGGCAGGAAGCAGCUUUUCCUCUCGGCCCCCAAUUUCGGCUGCCAAGCGGCCGCCGGGCCUGAACCGAGCCCUGAGCUCCCCGGCCGUCCGCUCGCCCGCCCGACCCCAUUCGCUGCCUGGUCCCCAGGGCCUCGCGCGCGGUCCGUUACCUGCGGCCGCAGCCCUGCCGGGCUUCCCUCCCCGUGGCGGUGGCAGCUCCUAG